GCGAGAGCAGAGGCCGAGGCAAAGGAAAUGCACCAAUCAGCUGCUCCCCCGGGCUCACAACUGUCUGCUGCGCCCGGAAAACAAGCCAGGACUCUGGGGACCCGGGGCUCAGGCCGCCUCGCUCCGGCCUAGCCCCUCCACCUUAGUUGUGUCAUCCCCCGGGCAUGCUGAGCAUCCCCCCGCGGCUCCUGCACAGACACCCCGACCUCAGGUCUCUGCCUCCGCGCGGGGGCCCGGCCCUGUGGCCGGAGGGAGCGGCCGGAUGGAGCGGAGGAUGAAAGGCGGAUACUUGGACCAGCGAGUGCCCUACACCUUCUGCAGCAAAUCUCCCGGAAAUGGGAGCUUGGGCGAAGCGCUGAUGGUCCCGCAGGGGAAGCUCAUGGACCCGGGCUCCCUGCCGCCUUCCGACUCAGAAGAUCUCUUCCAGGAUCUCAGUCACUUCCAAGAGACGUGGCUCGCUGAAGCUCAGGUACCGGACAGCGAUGAGCAGUUUGUUCCUGAUUUCCAUUCAGAAAACUUAGCUUUCCAUAGCCCCACCACCAGGAUCAAGAAGGAACCCCAGAGUCCCCGCACAGACCCCGCCCUGUCCUGCAGCAGGAAGCCACCACUCCCCUACCACCAUGGAGAGCAGUGCCUUUACUCCAGUGCCUAUGACUCCCCCAGACAAAUCGCCAUCAAGUCCCCCGCCCCCGGUGCCCCUGGACAGUCGCCCCUGCAGCCCUUUUCCAGGGCAGAACAGCAGCAGAGCCUCCUGAGAGCCUCCAGCUCUUCCCAGUCCCACCCUGGCCACGGGUACCUUGGUGAGCACAGCUCCAUCUUCCAGCAGCCUGUGGACAUGUGCCACUCCUUCACAUCUCCUCAGGGAGGGGCCCGGGAACCUCUCCCAGCCCCCUAUCAACACCAACUGUCGGAGCCCUGCCCACCCUACCCCCAGCAGAGCUUCAAGCAGGAGUACCAUGACCCCCUGUAUGAACAGGCUGGACAGCCGGCUCCAAGCCAGGGUGGGGUCAGUGGGCACAGGUACCCAGGGGCGGGGGUGGUGAUCAAACAGGAGCGCACAGACUUCGCCUAUGACUCAGAUGUCCCUGGAUGUGCAUCAAUGUACCUCCACCCAGAGGGCUUCUCUGGACCCUCUCCAGGUGAUGGAGUGAUGGGUUAUGGCUAUGAAAAAUCUCUUCGACCAUUCCCAGAUGAUGUCUGCAUUGUCCCUGAAAAAUUUGAAGGAGACAUCAAGCAGGAAGGGGUUGGAGCUUUCCGGGAGGGGCCACCCUACCAGCGCCGGGGUGCCUUACAACUGUGGCAGUUUCUGGUGGCCCUGCUGGAUGACCCAACAAACGCUCAUUUCAUUGCUUGGACAGGCCGGGGGAUGGAGUUUAAACUAAUUGAACCUGAAGAGGUUGCCAGGCUCUGGGGCAUCCAGAAGAACCGGCCAGCCAUGAAUUACGACAAGCUGAGCCGCUCACUGCGAUACUAUUAUGAGAAAGGCAUCAUGCAGAAGGUGGCUGGCGAACGCUACGUGUAUAAGUUUGUGUGCGAGCCAGAGGCCCUAUUCUCUCUGGCCUUCCCAGAUAAUCAACGUCCAGCUCUGAAGGCUGAGUUUGACAGGCCAGUCAGUGAGGAGGACACGGUCCCUUUGUCCCACUUGGAUGAGAGCCCUGCCUACCUCCCAGAACUUGCUGGCCCUGCUCAGCCCUUUGGCCACAAAGGUGGAUAUUCUUACUAGGCACCAGUGGCUUCCCCUUGUCAUGGUGGGGUUGCCCAGUGUACAUAUCAACUGAUUUGGUAUUGGUGAAGCCCUCUUCCUGAUACCUGUAGAAGUCUCUGGGGUCAGAGUUCCACUAUCCCAUCUGAUACUCCUGGCCUGGCCAGACUCAGCUGCUAACCAGGGUCUGAGGGAAAGACAGUGGAGGCAGGUCAAGUCUAAAGGCAGUAACUGAAGUUUGCUGUGGUUCACCUGUACCCUCAGUUCAGCUUGGCCUCGGUCUAGGUCUUACUCAGAGGCCAAGUUCCUCACCCCCACCACAGAGAACUAGUGUUCUAUUCUGGGGACAGACAAGGGGCUUCCCUUGUUGAUUACGGCAGCAGGGCCAAGGGGAUUCUCAGAACACCCUGUGUCUCCCCCACCCACCCACCCCCUAUGGGAAACAACGUUCUGCCUGGGUUCUGCCCUGAACUGGGGUUCUGUGUUCUUGGUGCUGUGCUCUGGGAGGCAGGAGCACGUGGGAGGCAGCUGGGGGGUGGGGGUGUUAGGUGGAGGCAGGGAUGGCUCUCUGCCCUAGGCCUACUCAGGCCUAGUUCCACUUUCACCUCAUCUGCCAGACCUUAAUAAAGCCUCUGCUUCUCCUGU